AUGGCAACCUUCCGGAUCAUAAAGGUGCGAGAGCCAGAAGAUCUCGACGCCAUCCGAUCACUCUUCAGCGCAUAUACAGCUUGGCUCAACAUCGACUUGACAUUUCAAGGCUUCGCUGAUGAGCUGGCCAAUUUACCUGGUAAAUACAAAGAGCCAACUGGCGAAAUUCUUCUUGCACGUGGAACCUGGAACAAUGAACCCAUGGGUUGUGUUGCUGUUCGUCCACUCCCUGUCCAGAACUCGAGUGCGUUGCCCCACAAGACAUGUGAGAUCAAGCGUCUAUACGUCGUUCCCGAUGCUAGAGGUAAGGGCGUAGGUUGGAAGCUUGUCGACGAGAUCUUGAAAGUUGCCAAGGAAAUCGGCUACGCCGAAGCGAAGCUCGAUACUCUUCCACACAUGAAGUCUGCUAUAAGGACAUACGAAAGAUUUGGCUUUGUUGAGUGCAAAAAAUACUAUGACACACCACUACAUGGAACGAGAUUCAUGCGGGCAGAUCUGACAUGUGUACCAUAG